AUGUCUUCAUCACCCGACUUCCAGGGCUGGGUUGCCCACGACCCUUCCGCCGCUGAUGGAAACAUGAAAUGGGGCGACUACACCCCCAAGAACUUUGAGUCCACCGACAUCGAGAUGGAAAUCAGCCACUGCGGUGUCUGCGGUUCCGACAUUCACACUCUCCGCUCCGGCUGGGGCCCCUCAGACUACCCUCUUGUCGUUGGCCACGAGAUCAUUGGCAAGGUCACCCGUGUUGGUGACGAUGUCAAGGACCUCAAGGUUGGUGACCGCGUCGGUGUUGGUGCGCAGAGCGACUGCUGCGAGGCUUGCCGACCUUGCAAGACCAAGCAGGAGAGCAACUGUAACAACUUCGUCAUGACCUACAACGCAAAGUACAAGACUGGUGACAAGGCCAUGGGUGGUUACGCAAAGAACUGGCGUGGACCUGCUUCAUUCGCCAUUCCCAUUCCCGAGGGCCUGCCUUCUGAGUACGCUGCUCCCCUCAUGUGCGGUGGUGUAACCGUAUACAACCCUCUCGUCUCAUACGGUGCCGGCCCAGGAAAGCGUGUGGGUGUCGUUGGUAUUGGAGGUCUCGGCCACUUUGCACUCCUCUUCGCGAAGGCUCUUGGAUGCGACGAGGUUGUUGCCAUUUCCCGCUCUUCCAGCAAGAAGGCCGAUGCCCUUGAGCUUGGUGCUGACAAGUUCAUUGCAACUGGCGAGGACCCUGACUGGAUGAACAAGAACGCCGCUGGCCUCGACAUCAUCAUCUCCACCAUCUCCGGCGGUUUCCCUCUCGACCAGUACCUCAACCUCCUCGACGUCAACGGUACUUUCGUCCAGCUCGGUGCCCCCGACGACCCAUUGCCCAGCUUCUCUCCCAUGGGCUUGAUCUUCAAGAACUUGAAGAUUGCUGGUAGCUUGAUCGGCACCAGGCAGCACAUCCGGGACAUGUUGGAGUUGGCUAAGAAGACAAACCUGAAGGCUUGGGUACAGGUCAGGCCAAUGUCUGAGGCCAAUGAUGUUAUUGUUGAUUUCGAAAAGGGCCUACCCAGGUACCGAUAUGUGCUUAAGAACUAG